AUUGUUACUGAAGAUUGCGCGCGUCAUACGUAGACAGAACCAUCAAAUCUUCUCGCAACCACCUUUGCGCUGCGCGCUGCAUUCAUCGCCAACACGCGUUAUAUUUCUACGCGCACAUCAGGCCAAACUUCAAGACCUACCGGCAACAUCUUCAAAAUGCUCUCCCACCGCAACCUGCCCGAGAGGAAGAAUCCUCUUCUCGAGCCGACCGAAUCCACUGCCAUUGAGAUUCUCAUCGAGAGGCGCCGACUGGGACAAACAAACCUCGGCGUAAAGCCCGGUGUCAGUGGUCUUACCAAUGCGACCAAGCCGGAGAAUAUGGGCACGUUUGAUUACGCGCACCUGAGGGUUCCGCUGCCAAAGGACUUGACAGGAUCCGGCAUCUUCACAUUGAACAAGACCUCGGCUUUCCCCGAGUCUUACUUUCUGAUGCGACGCAGCAGCGAUGGCUACAUUAGUGCGACAGGCAUGUUCAAGGCCGCAUUUCCUUGGGCUUCUGUCGUAGAAGAGGACCUGGAACGCAAGUACCAAAAGACAUUCCCUUCUGCAGGCGCCGAAGAGGUCGCUGGAAGCGUAUGGAUUGCGCCUGAAGAGGCUCUCGCGCUGUCUGAUGAAUAUUCUAUGCGCCACUGGAUUGAGGCACUUCUAGACCCCGCGCCGAUCGAAAAGGGCAACAAGGAUAAAUCAAACACUCAUAUCCAAAUGCCCCCGAAAUUCGACGUCGCAAACGCCACACCUGUAACUCUGCCCGCACCCGGUCUUCGCACAACUCGCGCCCGCUCGGCUCGAUCUGUAUCACCUAGCCGAGGCGCAACCCCCAGCAGCCGAAAGUUUGCGACUCCGCGAAAGUCGCGAGCCACAAGAAGCGCGAUGAAGCCUGAUCUUACCAAGGCCGACGAGGUCGUCACUCCAUCGAGCGCUCUGCAAGCAAUCAUUGCGAAUGGCACCACACCUUCUGAGUCAGUCGCAUCAUCUGUCGAUGGUGAUGUCAAGGACAGGGAAGCAGCGACUGAGCUCAAGACCGAGCCAGAUGUCAAGGAGGGCACAGUUCAUAUCGAAGUCGAGCAGACCGUGGAGACAAACGGCGACACUGAGAAGACCAGCACCAACGUCACCGUCGAUGUCCCACACAGCCAUGCUGCGCUUCCCGAGCCCGAAGACCCUACCGCCAUGAUCGAGGAGGCCAAGCGGAUGGUCGCAGAAGCACAACGGCUGGACGGCGAUGCGUCGGCCAAUGUCAUCAAAUCGACAAAGCGUGGCAUUGAGGACGUUUUGGAUGUGGAAGAUCUCGCCGACGAGCGUAUGAGUAAACUUGCAAAGGUUGCUUACACCACCGAGCAGAAGUUGACCAAGGAGAAGGUCACACGGAGAGCACUUGUCGGCAUGGGUGUAAUGGCAAUCAUAGGCACCGCCUUCCAAUACCUUGCAUAAGCCCACCAUUUUCCUUGAACCCUACAGUCUCGCGCAUGUUUUGGGUAUUUGGAGGCUCGCCCCCCGCGCUUGAGUUCCAACGUGCUUUACUUCAUUUCGAUUUGUUCGCAGAUACCAAUCACCCAAAUUUUCUCUCAUCUUUUUUCACAGGCGUACGGGAGGCUUGUACGCUAUUGCACGAAAGGACAAACGGU